GCAAAUUGUUCAGGAUAGCUACUGAUAUUGGACAAUUCAGAUCUCUUCGGGGAAUUGACCUUGGAUUUGGAAUUUUCUCUUAUACCUAAUAUGAAACCACGUCUGCCUUUUUCCUGAAAAACAGGUUUGUCAGGCAACUGACAAAAUCUGGUUGAGCACUGAGGAUUUGAAGUAGAACCUUCUGGAUAACAUUCCUGUUGGCACUGGGCAGACAUCAGCAUCUCUUCUUGGCUGCUCAAUGCAAACUCUCACUGAAGAUACCCUGGGUCACCAUUAUUAUAUCCAUUCCAUGCUUUUUGUAUCACCAACAUGUCGAGUCCUCUCCAGUUGUUAAAUCACUCAAAUCCAGGAAGGCUUGCUACUGAUCAAACCAAAGAGCCCCAUGAGGCUAAGCCAUCAGAAGUCAGGCAUCUAACAGUUCAUAUAUCACAGGAAAAUGGCACCGCGCUAAGAAAUCUUCAAAACAAGCUUUUCAUGAAAGAAACUUCACUGCAAGAGAUGAAGACCGAGUUGGAAAGUUACAAAGAAAGUAAUGUGCAACAGUCAUUCCAGAUCAUGGCCCUGAAAGAUGAUAUCAAGGACCUACAGGAGCUUAUUGCUUCUCUAACCAGAAUUAAAUCUCUAAAUAACACCAAUAUUCACAGUCUUGAAAGAGGCAACUGGGCUCUAACUGAACGAAUUAUGGAACUAGAAAAUCGUCUAAGAGUACAUCUAAUUGAAAGAGAAAAAGCAGAGCGAAAAGCAGACUUUUUGGAGAAAAAGUUACUAGGUGCUAACAGAUUCUUCCCUUACCUGAAUAUGAAAGGACUAGAAGACUCCUUGAAUAUUUUCAUGUUGAAGGAUAAGAGUGAAGUUAUCCCAGCCAAAAACUUUGAGAGAGACAACAUUUUUCAUAUUGAAGAACCAAAAGAUGGGCAGAAAAUUUGGGAUAAAUGUCAACAGGAUUUGAUCCAUAAAGAAAAACAAACAUUUGAGUUCAACAGACCUCAUUAUCCAUUCAGCUGGGAAACUAAAACUGUGAAAGCUCAAUAUCAGAAUUUCCUUCAUCAGUUGGCUAUUCUUCUGAGUGACAGUGUUGUCCCUAUACCAGCCACUGAGGAAGCUGUGAAAGAGAGGAUUCAGGAAAUCGGUGCAAAUGAGCAGUCUUGGAAGUCUAGAACUGAAAGUCUUUUUUUUGAGAUGCUCACUAAGCGAUUGGAGCAUUUGCAUCAUCUUUAUGAAGAUUCUGAUCAAGAAUUAUCCCAAACUGAAGAAAAGUAUUGGGAACAAAAAAGACCCUUGCAAUGUCUGGGAGGGAAAACAGCUAUCAGUGACAUUUUACAAGGGAGAUCAGACUUGGACAGGAAGAAAGAAAAUGCCAGGAAUAAGAAUUGUCAGACAGAUGAACACAGCAAGAAGUUCAAACAGCUAGAAAAAGAUGACAUGCAACAAAUGUUAUUGAGUAUACGACAGAAUUUGCAGAUUGCUACAACACAAAGAUUGGAGGAAAAAAUUCAAAAACUUCAGAAACAGCUCAGUGAUUUGAAAUUGUCUAAUAAAAAUAUGAAAACUCAACUGACAAGAGUAAAUGUCCUUAAAGACAAAACAAUUGAGAAGCUCAGGCAAUCUUUAACAAAAGUGGAAAUAAUGAAAGAUAAGACAGUUAUGAAAACAGACCCCUGGAAAACUACAUCAGACUCCGCAGAGCAUGAAGCAAGAACAAACAAAGAGAGGGCCCAUGAGAUGUUAGAUGCUGUCCGUCCUGAGCUCCCCACAGCAAAAAGCAUACCCAAAGAAGUACCAGGACGAGAACAAGAGCUUGUUGACUUUCGAGAAACUAUUAUGAAGAUGUUGGGAUUUAACAUGAAAACAGCAGACAAGGAAAUCAUCAAUCAGCUUAAGCUUAUAAUACAAGUUUAUGAAAUAUCUAACAAACCAAAGAUUGCUUCUGAUAGUCAGACUGGACAGAACAAUGAAUAAAGAAGUUUUACUUUUUCAUUGCCACCAAAAAGAACUCAGCAGAUAUGGAUGUUUCCUCUAGCAUCUUGAAUCUGGUUAUGCUAUGAAUAAAAUGC